AUGCAAUUCCUGGAACCCCUUACACGCAAACCCGCUGAAAUCCCCAUUCUAUGCAGGGCCUACAUCGGUGGCGAUACCGACAAGAUCAAACGCGAAGCCGCACGCCUGAGCCGCCGCACCGCCGAAGCCCACGCCGCUCCCGUGGCCGAGACGGCCGUCUACUGGGCCUACUUGGGUGGUGCGGCCGAAGCUGAGGCGGCGCACCUUCCCAAGCGUGCCGCUGAGGCGAAUGCGAACGCGAACGCGAAUGCGGCUCCAGUGGCGGAGACGGCGGUGUAUUGGGCUUAUCUGGAGGAGGCGGAGAAGUUGGAAGACUAA